CCUCAGCCUUAGGACCUGCCUGUCACCAUGGCCACGGGGAGAGUCCUGCUGGCCUCACUGCUGCUCCUGUCGCUGCAGCUGGGCCUCGGCUGGGGCCCCGAUGCCCAAGGUACGCUGGUGGCAGAGGGAGAGCUCUUACCUGCGCAGAAAGCAGAUGCUGGAGGGACCUGGAGGCCACUGCUGGACAUCCAAUACCCCCAUGCCCGCCUGCGCAGAGCCCCUGGCAGCCCGUGUCAGCUGUGGAGCCUAACACUGCCCGUGGCAGAGCUAGGUCUGGGCUAUGCCUCAGAGGAGAAGGUCACCUUCCGCUACUGUGCCGGCAGCUGUCCCCGUGGUGCCCGUACCCAGCACGGCCUGACGCUUGCUCGACUGCGGGGCCAGGGCCAAGCCCAUGGUGGACCCUGCUGCAGGCCGACCCGCUAUGCUGAUGUGGCCUUCUUGGAUGAUCAUCACCGCUGGCAGCGGCUGCCCCAGCUCUCGGCUGCUGCCUGUGGCUGUGGUGGCUGA